AUGACAAUUACUUUCUUAGGUUUAGUAGCCCUUGGCUGGGCAAUAAUUCUUCCGAUGUCUUGCCAAAAACUGGGUAGGUUCUGCCCUCUUGUUACAUAUGCUACGCGAGAGAUCGUGUCUGGGUCUGCUGGCCUUUCCCCGCUCUUGGUGCCUCACCCGUGGUUGUGGCUCUGCCUUUGCGCCGCUGCCGCUUUGAGUCUGGGGGUCGCCGCAGGCUGGCAUUGGCAGCGGGGUGGCCGAAGCCGUCGGCUACGGCUGAAGCAGGUGGGAACGGUGUCGGGUCUCACCAUCUACCCGGUCAAAUCCUGCCGGGGAGUGGCCGUGAAGCGAGCCCAAGUGACCAAGCUGGGUCUCCGGAGCGGGGACAUUUGCGACAGGUUUUGGACUGUGAUCAGGGCAGAUGGACAAAUGUUGUCUGCUAAGCAGGAGACUCACUUGGUGCUAGUUUCUGUUAUCUGUGAACAUGGCUAUUUGACCCUGAAUGCUCCCGAAAUGAAGCCACUGAGGAUUCCUGUUGAACAACCUAGAACAAAUCCAGUUUGGUAUUGCAGGUAUUAUGGGUUUAUAUUUUUGCUCCCUGGAAAAUUGUGCCUUUCUGUUUACCCUUCCCCCCCCCGAUUUGGAUACAUACAAGAUUUCAUGUGGCAUGUGAGUGUAAGAGAAGAUGGCACAGAAGUCUUCUCUUAUUUUUAA